UCUGGGCUGAUCACUUGCUGCGAGGACGUGUGGAUGUGCUGUGAGGUCCGCCGAGUCUCCGUGGCGCAGGACAGGAGGACGGUCGCCACGCCUUCAGGGACGCACUUCUUUCACGGCGUCAGCUCUCCAUCCGUGUCGGCUGUCCACCGGUGGACACCUGUCCAGAGCCAGGACGUCUACACAAGCUGCUAUCAACAGACAUUUUCUCCACUUAACAUCCAUCAGGCUUGAGCCUCUGGAGUCCCGCGCUACUUCUCCCACUGAUGCCAGUUGAACAGGCUGUUGUGUAAACGCUAAUUAAUUUGGGAAUAUCUGGAGCGGCAGUUUUAUUGAUUUGACAUCGGAUACAAGUCGGAUCAAAGAUGGGGAUCAAAGUGUAGUGCUGACAGGAAUGCCCCAGACUGUGUGCUCAGGCACCAUGUUCACCACUCCCAGUGGCUUCAGCCCUCAUCUGGCCUGUGCUGAGCCUGGGGAGGAGGAGGAGGCCCCACAGGAGGGCCCGGGGCCCGGGGCUUGCCUGGCUGAUGGGCCCCCGAUCACCUCUGCCUCCCUGGACACUCUUAUUCAGAAUCUGGUGCCCACUGCAGAUUACUACCCCGAGAAAGCCUAUGUGUUUACCUUCUUGCUGAGUGCUCGUCUGUUCAUCCCUCCUCCGGAGCUGCUGGCCAGGGUGUGUGAGCUGUGCAUCAAACAGCAGCAGCUGGAUCAGAGCCCACUCGAUACGGCCAAAGUGCGCAAGUUUGGUCCCAAGAUCCUGCAGCUGCUGACAGAAUGGACAGAGACGUUCCCGUCCGACUUCAGGGAUGAGAAGAUGGUCGGAUACCUUAAAGACAUCAUCCACAGGAUAGCUCCAUGUGAUGAGGCAUACUGGAAAACCCUGAACCAAGUGCUGCAGAAGCUGAGCCAGAGGCUGGCCCUGAUGAGCCAGGGGGAAGAGAGUAUCGUCAAGGUCUCCCUCAAUGCCUCCUCCAUCUCUGACAAGCUGGUGGCCUUCAAGACCAAGCCUCCGCCCAUCCAGAAGGACAUGCUCUCCAUCUGCAGCGACCCGUACACACUGGCACAGCAGCUCACCCACGUGGAGCUGGAACAUUUGAGUCACAUUGGACCAGAGGAGUUUGUCCAAGCCUUUGUUCAGAAAGACCCGCUGGAUGGAACACAGCAGCCAUGCUUCAGUGACCAGAAGAAGAAAACCUCCAACCUGGAGGCUUAUGUCAGAUGGUUCAACAGACUGUGUUACCUGGUAGCUACUGAGAUCUGCAUGCCGGCGAAGAAAAAGCAAAGAGCCCAGGUGAUUGAGUUCUUCAUUGAUGUUGCCAGGGAGUGUUUCAACAUCGGAAACUUCAACUCCCUCAUGGCCAUCAUCUCUGGUAUGAACAUGAGUCCUGUGUCUCGGCUGAAGAAGACUUGGGGCAAAGCCAAGACUGCCAAGUUCUUCAUUCUGGAGCAUCAAAUGGAUCCUACGGGAAAUUUUUACAACUACAGGACCGCCCUGAGGGGGGCCGCCCAUCGCUCUCAGACUGCCAACAGCAACAGAGAAAGGAUUGUAAUUCCCUUCUUCAGUCUGCUGAUCAAAGACAUUUAUUUCCUGAAUGAAGGAUGUGCCAAUCGGCUGCCCAAUGGCCACGUCAACUUUGAGAAAUUCAUGGAGCUGGCACGACAGGUCGGGGAGUUCAUGACAUGGAAACAGGUGGAGUGUCCAUUUGAGGAGGAUCGGGCCAUCCUGCACUACCUCCACACUGCUCCAAUCUUCAGCGAGGAUGGACUCUACCUUGCAUCCUAUGAGAGCGAGAGUCCAGAGAACCAGGUAGAGAAGGACAGAUGGAAAGCACUCAGGUCCAACGUUCUGGGAAAGACAUGAGGCACUGACGGCAGCUAACCCUCCCACCAGCGAGGGAGCAUGUGAUCUCACUGCACUAAAACGAACUGUGAAGGAACCUAGCUGGUACUUAGGUGUUUUUCUAUGAAGAAAUUAUGAGAAAAAAAAAAAGAAACACGAUGAACAGGAUUCAUCAAGAAGAGUGUGAAAACAAAAAAAACAAAACAGAAAUCAACGCAUCAAAAAAGUGAAUUGAAAAUGUUAAGCUAAGAAAACUGGAGCAAAAAGCCUUUGCAGCAUAUCAGUGAAGAGGUACAGUAUGUCGGAGAGGGAUACAGCUUCUCCUUCCCCCGUCCCCUCGAUGUGUGUUUACUCUGUGAAGAUAUGUUUACUACUAUAGAGAGUACAGUUACAGGGACAACCACUUUAUAAAAUGAAAUUCCUACUGAUGCUAUAGUUGUUUUUGUAUUUGCUCCUCUCCCUGUUCCUCUCUCUUUCUCUUCCCCUUUGGUCCAAAGCCUUGUCUAGAUAUUUAAUUUAACUUUUUUCCUUUACUUGUAAUGUACUGUAAUGAAACUUACAAUGACGUGAAGGGCGCUGGCUAGCCCACAUCAGCUGUCAAAUUUUAUAGGCCUACUGAAGGAAGGGAACCGCGUGUAUAUCUGGGACAACAGAAGAUGACAUGCCUUGAGCAUUUUACCAGUUCAUCUCAUGUGUACUUUUUAUGUGUGGGAGUGUGUGUAUGUUCAUGCAUCCACGUCUGUUCAGAUUGUCACUGUCUUGUUUUGCAUGAGAAUGACUGGAGAAACCUGUGUUAUUGGUCAUGUCUUCUUGACAUUUUAUUUAUUCUUUUAUCUUAAUUUGGGAAAGUGUUGGGGCGAGGAAUAUGAACUGUUUAAAAAGUGUUUACUCCUUUUAAAUGUAUUGUGCCAUUAAUGCAAGAAAACGACAGUAUAGCUCAAAGGUCACAGCAGGAGCCAGGCCAGGUGUAGAUUGUGUACAGGUGACAUUUACCCCUCAUCUUUCUGCUCUUCAGGAAGUUUUCUCUGACUGACAUUCAGUUGUCUGAUAUAUUUAUGGAGAUUUCUGUGCUGACAGAUGUAUAGUUUUUAUUGUAACUUUCCUUUCUUGAAAAUGAAGUACAAUGGCAUGCUAUGACGGGUGUUUUUAAAGGGGCAUUAAGCGUAUCCACCUUGUAAAGAUUACUACAGCAACACAGACUUUGUAGUGAUGAUGUAUUGUUGCAUUCAAUGGAAGGACAAUGAUGAAUUGGAGACUUUUGUCUGUCUAAAGAAGUAAAGAGGGAAACUUGUGCCAUAUGAAUCACUGGUUGUCAUGCUAAUUCAGGUUCCUCUGACUUGAAAUGUGUUGUUUAUCGUUUUGUGGGAUUGUCACUGAGCUUUGUUUUUGGCAGUUUCGUUGUGAUUCGGGAGCCAUUUUUGAGGGUGGGGGGUGGGAGGAAGGAAGGGUGUAGGAAAGGGAUGGGGAACUAUGUAAUUAUAAGCUUUUUAAAAAAGUCUUAUUCAGUUUGCUAUAAUUGAUUGAUGUCAGUGUUUCCUCUUAAGAAGCACCUUUCCCUCUUAAUAACAGACUGACUUUAAUUCUCCCUCCUCAUUUGUCAUCAAUAAACUUGCUUUUCUUGUAACACAUUCCCCAGACAAGUUAAGACUGUAGAGAGCCAGAGAUGUGAUGUCAAACCUGCCAUUCAAGGUGACGACAUGUUUUAAUAAAACAUUGCCUGUGUUGAA